GUUCCUUUUGCGAGAGACGUGCUCGCUUCAGCCUACAUUGAUUGGCAAGUUCACCAGCAAAAAAAAUAAAUGACAGUAGGCCUGAUGAUCGGUAAACGGUUGUGGUGUUCGAAUGAAACUGAUUUGAGCCCGUGUACAGUAGCUAUUAUAAGAAAGCGAAUAGGCUACUUUAAGUUACAAUAUGGAAGUUUACAAAUACCCCGUUUUCUUCGAGGUUCACAGUCUGGAUCCAGCACAGAAAGAGAAGAUAGAAAAGUACUUUCAGGUUCGCCGUAAAUCUGGUGGUGGAGACUGCGGACCGAUAGACAAAGUUGGUGACAACGUUUACAAGAUCGCAUUUAUUGACGAAGCAGUCCAGGAGAGGGUACUUCAGAAAGCUCAUCAUGUGUUGGAGAUGCCUGGAGGACCUCUCUCCCUCACUCUGAGAGACAGCCUGGAGCCUCCACCCACAACAACCUCACCAGUCAGCAGUCAGUCGAGUCACCAGUCCCUCCCAUUUCAUCCCUCCCUCCCUGUCCAGACAUCGCCACCUGGUGGCCUAGAGCAUGAACUCCAUCUAGACUCCUACCUCCUGCGAUACCUGAUGGAGAGCCCUGGGGCUGGAAGAGACCUGCAACAGCAGCUGUCCUCUCUGGGCUGCUCUGUCCACCUCUAUCCAGAGGACGGGAGGGCAGUGGUCAGAGAUUCAGGCCAAGCUGGGUUAUGUGGAGAUGGGAUCGGGUUUGGGGUGGGACCAUGGAAGGCAGAGGUAGAGAGACUGUUCAAACAGCUCCAGGAGCAGUACAAAUGCCACUAUGAGGUAGACCCACGUAAGCUCCAGACUCUGUUGCGGAGCAGUACCCUGGGUUCGGAGGAUGUGGGGGUUUACUGCGAGGCAGGGGAAGGGUUUGCGGUGGUAGUUGGGGAGGGGCCCGAGGUCCAGGCCAAGCUGAAGGAGCUGGAGGCCUUCCAGGCUCAGGGUCUGAGCUCCGGGAAGCAGGAGAAUAUCAGCACAAACUGUCGUCUGGGACAGUCCAAACUCCGUCUUCUAGGGAAAGUGAUAGAGAAGGAUCUAGGUGAGGCUGUUCCAGGGGUGAGGGUGACGCGCAGUAACUCAGCUCAGCUGGUGCUGGAGGGUUCAGCAAGUGAAGUCCGGACAGCCAGACAGUUAGUUACAAAUAAGAUCUCUCUGGUGCUGGAGCAGGUGGUGCCUAAGGUGUCCCCCCACCUUCUGUCCUUCCUGAGGGAUGAGUAUGGGAGGCCUGGGAACCUGAGCAGUCUGCUGGGGUUGGGACUCCAUGUGGAGGUAGAGUUGGGGGAUAGAGAGCUCCGUCUGUUCUCCCUCUCCUCUGGGAAAUUGGACCAGGCUGAGAAGGAUCUGCUGGGGGAGUUUGGGGAGGAGAAGAUUGAUGUGCCCAACUGUGCCGCCCUGCCAUCUGGACUGAAAUCCAAGCUUGAGAAGAAGGUCAAGGAGAUGAACCAGAGCAGACGCAGGGUGGUAGCAAGGUAUGGUCCUGGGUGUAGAGUGCAGUUGCUGGGCCACAUGAAGGAGGUUCAGGAGCUGAGGGAGGAGAUCAGGGCCUUUCUGAUAGACCAGUCCAGUGUGGAGGAGACAGUGUGUCUCCCUUACCCGGAGAUUGCUGACCACCUACCAGAACUGCUGGAGAGGAUCGGUGUGGAACACACUGGGGUGACCCUCUACCACUUAGCCUCAGCCAUCCACCCCACUGUGGUGCUCUGUGGACCCUCUGUCCGGGUGACCCAGGUUAAGGAGAGGUUGGGCCCCGCUCUGGCCUCCUUGGUCCACCAGACUGUGACCAUAGAUCAGCCGGGGGCGCAACGCUACAUCCAGGGCCUGGGAAGUGAGUACCUGGGAGUGGUGGGCCGCUCUCAACACUGCCUCAUGCCGCUGCACAACCACGGUGGUACUGCCGGCGAAGCUAGCACCGGCCCGAAACUGGAGGAGAUGAUCACAUCCACCAGCUAUCGCCUCCAGCGGGGGCUGCAGGUAGUGGUGCGUCAAGGUGACAUCACCAAGGAACGGGCAGAUGCACUGGUGAGCGCAGCCAAUGAGGACCUGGAUCACGCUGGUGGCGUGGCUGCAGCUCUAAGCCGUGUGGGGGGGCCUAGGGUACAGCAGGCCAGCAGGGAUCUGGUUAGGCAGAUAGGGAGAGUACCCACAGGUACAGUGGUAGAGACCACAGGAGGGAAUCUGCCUUGUAAGAUGCUGCUGCACGCGGUAGGACCUGUAGGUGGCAGCGUAGGUGGGAAUGAGCGCCCUCUGCUGGAGAAGACAGUAAAGGCAGCCCUGGAUCUGGCAGAGACCCUGGAGCUCCAGACUCUGGCCAUGCCUUGCAUCAGCUCGGGGAUAUUCGGCGUUCCUCUGAAGGUGUGUUCUGAGGCCAUAGUCUCUGCUGUGAGGGACUUUGGGAGGGAACAGCGCAUCCUUACCAAGGUCACUCUGAUUGAUGUGAGUGGAGAGGCAGUGAGAGCCAUGCAGGAGGCCUGUGAUAGGCUGUUACAGGGUAAGAGGGAGUUUCCUGGGUGGGAGGUAGAGUCCAGCACCACCACUACACAUGCUCCUCAGAGAGACACCACUGCUGCCUCCGCCAGGGGAACAGCUGCUCCAGAGGUCUGUGUCCAGGUGGAGAUCAUCCAGGGAACCAUAGAGAAGCAGCAGGUGGAUGCGCUGGUGUCCCCCAUGGUUGGUAGUGACCCUCUCUCCUCCCGAGUGGGUAAUGUCUUGUUGGAUGCAGCUGGACCGGCGCUGAUGACAGCAUUUCUGAGGGAAUCAGGGGAACAGAUUGCACCUGGUGACAAGGUUCUGGUGGAGGGACUGUCUGGUCUCAGCUCUGGCCGUGUCUUCUUCCUCAGCUGUGCACACUGGGACAACAACCCCCAAGGACCAGCAGUACAGGCUCUGAGGCAGGGUGUGAGGAAAAUUCUGACCUCUUGUGAGAACCGAGGCUUCCGUUCCGUUGCCUUCCCUGUAGUUGGAACUGGUGUGGUUCUCCAGUUCCCUGACAACGUGGUAGCACAGGUUCUGCUAGAAGAGAUCCGUAGGUAUGAGCAGAACCGAGCGAGCAGAACCCCAUUCCUUGUCCGCAUCAUUGUCCAUCCAAAUGACAGAGAUUCUACCAAGGCUUUUCAGACUGCCCAGAAUGCUUUGCAUCUCAGAGGGUUCGUAUUAGGUACUCGACCAGAGCAAGACAUCAGGAUUGUGCUGCUGGGGAAAACCGGAGGAGGUAAAAGCAGUGCUGGAAACACCAUCUUCGGACAAGAUGAUGUGUUCCUCUCAGACAGUUCCUCCACCUCCUCAACACAGAUAUGUAAAGCUCAUACCAAGAACAUCAAAGGAAGAAACAUCACCCUGAUUGACACACCUGGAUUCUUUGACACUGACAUCCCUGAAGAGGAGCUGAAACCUAAAAUAGUCAAAUGUAUAACAGAGUGUGCUCCGGGGCCACAUGCCUUUCUCAUUGUACUGAAAGUUGAACGGUACACAGUCCACGAGAACGAAGCCAUAGCGAAAAUCGAGACAUAUUUUUCACCAGAGGCCUUCAAAUAUGCCACAGUCCUCUUCACUCAUGGUGACCAGCUCAAUGGUUUGACCAUUGAGAAGUUUGUCCAACAGAAUGCUGAACUGAACAAGCUUGUGGAGAAAUGUGGAGGCCGCUAUCACGUGAUCGACAACAAAUACUGGAACACCAAUCAGCAGGGUCAGUACAGGGACAAUCAGUACCAAGUAGCAGAGUUACUCAACACCAUAGAGAAGAUGGUGAGAGAUAACGGAGGAGGGUUCUACACCAACGAGAUGCUACAAGAGGCAGAGAGAUUAAUACAAGCAGAGAUAGAGAGUCUUAGGAAGGAGUCAAAAGGCCAGAUGUCAGAGGAAGAGAUGAGAAAACAAGCCAAGGAAAGAGCGAGGAGGAAACUCCUGAUCAAAUUGUCAGGGAUAGCAACAGGUGCAGUGGUAGGAGCUCUACUUGGGGUAACACUGGUGAUAAUGAUUCCACUCACACUCGCUACACAACCAUUGAUCAAUUUAGUCAAAAGUAAUAUAGCAGCUUCAAUGACAAUAGGGCCAGCAGCCGUGGCGGAGGUAGCAUUACCAGUACUUACAGUAGAGUCAGGGCUGGGAGUGGGUUCAGGGAUAGGCAUAGGUGCAGGGGUAGGCAUAGCUGCAGGAGUUGUCGUUGGGAUGGCCGCAACAGCAGGAGCAAUAAGAGGAGGGAUAGUAGGAGCUACUGCAGCAGAGGAGGCAGAGACAGUACAGGAGGCAGCAGGGAAAGCAGCCAAUGCUGUCUACCAUGAAGCUAAGGGUCUUUAUGACCAAGCAGGACACCUUUUGAAAGGUUACAGUAACAGAUCAGAUACAACUGGAUUCAUGCAUAAGAAUCAUACGUGGAAUAAUUGAAAGAGUGAUGGCAAAGUGUGUUUCAACAUCUGACUAACUAUGUAGACAUCAGUCAGUUAUAUUCCACUGUUGAAUAGCUCUUUGUCCCAUUUCUUUUUCUUUCUGUUUUGUAAAAAGCAGAUUACUGGGUUGUACAUUCAGGGUUAUACAUAGGUGUGUUCAAACUUUUGUCUGGUAUUAAACUGCAUUGGGUUCUGGACCAUGACCAUCCAUAGGCUUAUGGUUCACACAUGCGGUUGAGGGAGCAGGUUACCAUUUAUUGGGUUACCAUUUAUUUAUCACAAAGCAGAAAACAUUUUCAUACGUUUCAGUAACUCUAAGUAGAUGCUAUAUACCUGAAACUAUUGAGUGAUGGCAACGUGUGUUUUAACAUCUGACUAAUAACUAUGUAGACACCAGUCAGUUCUAUACCACUGUAGAAUAGCUGCUUGUCCAAAAUAUGUAGCUGCUUGUCCAAAUGUAAAAAAAAAAAAAUACUUAGCAUACAUUUUUCAUUUUUAUAGUUUUGUAAAAAUCAAGGGAUAUAUAUUGCAAAUAGUUCUGUGGCAGUCAUGAAAAUGUGUCAGCUGGUUAUUGACAUGCAAAAGUCUGAUUUUAUAGUUUGAAGAAUAUAAUUGAAUGUCACAGGCGUCGAAAUGAGUAGACCAAGGCGCAGUGUGUAAAGUGCUCGUAUUUCCUUUAUUUAUGAUAACACUUAAACAAAAUAACAAAAACCACAGCCAACAGUUCCGUCAGGUACAUAGACGAAACGGAAAACAUCUACCCACAAAACCCAAAGGAAAAACAGGCUGCCUAAGUAUGGCUUCCAAUCAGAGACAACGAUAAACACCUGCCUCUGAUUGGAAACCAUACCCGGCCAAAACAUAGAAAUAGAAAUCUAGAAAAAGCCCACAUAUAAACGGAAAACCCCAAACCACCCAAAACAACCACCUGUCACGGCCUGACCACUCUACUAUGGAAAAUGUCCUCUUACAAUGGUCAGGACGUGACAUUGAACUUGAUAGGAUGUUUUUCCCAUGUCAGAUCGUGUGCGUAUAUGAAGUGGCUAUAUGUUGGGAGUAAAAGUGAACAUUUCAAACAAUACCAAUAGAGUUAUAUGGUUAGAACCUUAGAAUGUCUUAGAAAUCAAAACGUAUAUUGGCGCAUGAUGCGACUAUAGGCAAUUGAUGAUUUGAGAAAGUCGCAAAAAAACUUGGCGCUUUGUUCCUUGCCUGAUCACAUUUUCUCCCAUCAGACUAAUCUCAGUUUAAUCUUGUUUUUACCCAAAUGUAAAAUAACUUUAGAUUUAGAAUAGCUCUUUAUCAAAUGGGCAGGAACAGGGGCAGAGGGGAAAUAAAUGUAAUCUGUAUGCUCUGGGGGCCACUUCCCGCUAUUCCGGUUAUUUCACUCCACACAACAACCACUGUUUAGGGGCAUGCAGCCUCUUGCUGCGCGACAGGUGAUAUUCCGCCCAAACUCAGAAUACUAAGGGCACUCCAACCCUGUUCCUGCAGCUAUCCAGUGCUUCAUUUGGGGAACCAAGUUAAAUCUGUUAAGAACAUUGAUAGUAACAUGUUUUAACAACGAAAUAUAUUUAAUUAAACUGUUUACAGCCUCCCUCUCUGCGCGCUCAAGAACGGAAUGAUGGGGAGACGGAAACGCACGGUGGUGAGAUAUUCUGUAGCUAAUCGUAAUGCGUAAGCCUAUUAAUUAUGAAAAAAAAAACGAUUACUAGGAUAUUCAAAAUCCUGUACACAUUCCCUUUAAUUGUUGGCUAACUCUGAAUUCGUAUAGGACCAAUUAUGUACCAAAUACAUCUUAAAUCUGUUUUAAAAUGUUAUUCUGCCAUGCACAAUAUGUGGUAGGCUAUGUAUAACGGCACAAUCAUUAUUUUAAUUCAGGUUUUUUUUUCAGGCUUGGGCUCAGAUAUAGGCUUAUAUGUAUGCAUAAGCUCUAAUAGCAUAAGGUUGUUGUUUAAUUAAUCAUCACCUUAGAUGGCGCUGUCCAUUUCAUUGUGUUGGGCUUUGAAACAACAUCCAUGUUUUCCAUUGAGUUUCAACCUGUCGUUGAACUUCUUUCUUCAAAGUAAUCAAUCACAGUGAGAUGAGUUUUAAAAGCACAUACUGUUUUGAUGAUUUUGAUUGUACUUGCAUUGAUGUCAGAGUGAUUAGAGGAACAAUAGACCGAUCUGAUUAUGGUUAGCGAGGUACUACCAACGCAUUUCUAUUGGUACUACCAACGCAUUUCCAGAGUGCAUAAAAGGAUAUUACCAUGACUCAAAGGUCACAUGGAAUUUUACUGCGGUCAUGACUGAUGACAUGGUCAUAUGGUCACCUCAACAGCCCUAGAAUAUGAUUAAACUGCAUAGUAUUUAUUUGUGGGCCAUGACAAUCCAUAGGCUUAUGGUUUAAACAGCUGGAGGAGGAACACAUGGGUUUUUAUACUCUGACUUCAUUGGAAUGAUUAUUACACCGAAGCAAAUAAAAUAUGACCCAUUCAUUGGACACAGAGAGUAAAUGUUCUUAACAUUUAAUUAUUUAAUUUGUAGUAAUGCAUUUUCUGUAAAACAUGCAUAUUUCAAUUAGAUAUAUUGAUUGUUUGAACUGAAACUAGGUAAUGUUCUGAAUGUGAGAGAGCUUCUGCGAAUAAUUCCAAUUCAUGUCAUCUAUAUUUUGAAUCGUGAGCUUUGAAAAUACAAAAGGUGGGGGGACUUUCUUAUAACCAACUAGAAAACAGUGAGUGUGUGUGUGUGUGUGUGUGUGUGUGUGUGUGUGUGUGUGUGUGUAUGUAUAUAUAA